AUGGAGAGAAUGAAUAAGGUGACGGAAUUCAUCCUCCUGGGCCGGACUCAAAGUAUGGGACUUCAGAAAUUUUCAUUUGUUGUGUUUUUUAUUGUCUAUUUGGUCACCGUGGCAGGCAACCUGCUCAUCAUGAUCACUAUCAGCACCAGCCAGGCCCUGGGAUCCCCCAUGUACUUCUUCCUGUCUUACUUAUCCCUUAUAGAUGGCUGCUGUUCUUCCUCCAUGACCCCUAAAAUGCCAGCUGACACUCUUUCUGGGAGAAAAAUCAUUUCCUUUAAGAGAUGUAUGACUCAGGUCUUUUCUGUGCAUCUUUUUGGUGCUGCUGAGAUUAUCCUUCUCCCAGCGAUGGCCUAUGGCCGCUAUGUGGCCAUCUGCAAACCCCUGAGCUAUAGGACCAUCAUGAGUGGACAGGUGUGUAGCCUCCUUGUGGGAGUGACCUGGGCUGGAGCCUUUGUUCAUGCAACCAUUCAGAUCCUCUGCACAGUCUGGCUGCCCUUCUGUGGCCCCAGUGUCAUAGAUCAUUUCAUGUGUGAACUGAACCCUUUGUUGAAACUCAUCUGCAUGGACACUCAUACCCUUGGUCUCUUUGUUGCUGCCAAUAGUGGACUCAUUUGCCUGUUAAACUUCCUCCUUUUGAUGGUCUCCUAUGUAGUCAUCUUGCACUCUUUAAGGACCUAUAGCUUGGAGGGGAGGCGCAAGGCCCUCUCCACCUGUGUCUCUGACAUCACCGUGGUCAUUUUAUCAUUUGUGCCCUGCAUAUUUGUGUAUUUGCACCCAGUAACGACCUUUUUCAUUGAUAAACCUGUGGCUGUGUUUUACACCAUGAUAACUCCCAUGUUAAACCCUUUAAUCUACACACUCAGAAAUGCUAUAAAGAAGCUCUGGAUCAAAAGGUCACUUCAAUGGAGAAAUGCUCAAAAUAGCAUAAAAUGA